AUGGAAGAUGAAUGGGAUAUGAUUGAUUCUCUCAACUCGUCAGAGAUGUCGAAACCUCGCGAUCAUCGACCUUCGUUGGAUUUUAAUCGUUUUCAAACCAUGCCCCAAUUCAAUAUUGACGAUGACAGCGAUCCAGUAUUUCUUGCCGAAGAAAAGGCAGUAUUAUGCGAGAGUCCAACAACGAGCAGUCAGGUGCUUGAUCUAGAUAUAAGAGAUCAGGAUUUUGAAUUCACAUUGGGCGAUAGUAAAUUGAUGAUGAAUGACACCACUGCCGAAGGUGACGACAACAGUAAAGUAGACAAUGAAGUUAUCAAUGACAAUCAAAAUGAUGAAUCAAUUAAAGAAAGCAUUCCGUUUCUUUCUUCCUUACCUAAAACACAUCAUCGCAUCCCUGUUGCUGCUACAAGAGAAUCGCUCGUGGACCAAAAUACAGUCUGGAAAAACUCAACAUCUGGCUCAUCCGUACCUUACAUGUCAAAUCUACCACAUCAAAACUCAGAGGACGAAGCAAAAGAGCAAGAAACAUCAUUCGAAGAGAAACAGCGCAGUAUGAGAGAAGCUUUGUUUCCUUCGAACCAGUUUCAAUUUAGCGCACCACCGCCAAGUGAUUUAACUGAUAGAUUCAAAAAGCUGCAAUCUGAUCUCAACACUUCAGACGAUGAACAGGCCAGGGCGUCAUCAUCAAGGCCUAUCAAGCAAGCCAAAAGAUCGCUUCCAAAAAGUAUAAAGCCCACAUUAUCCCUCCAUCAAUUACCUUCAUUUGCAGCACCGCCAAGCGAAAGAGCUGCGUUGACAACACAGCGGCCCAUUGUUAUUGAUAUACAACCUCAGCAACCACCACAAAAUGAGCCCAGAGAACAAAGCUCUCAAGAGAUGACUGAUACGGUGUCGAAAUGCAUGUCUUUUGCAGAUAAUGCGCGGGAUCACUUGGCAACAUUCUUGUACGAACUUGAAGCAUUGACGCCGAUUCAGCAGUGGAGCCAAUUGAAGAAGCUCAACCUAAGCAGGCAGAAUUUGUCCAGUUUGACCGAUUUAUCGAGUUGCUUCCCCGUGCUAGAAACGCUCCAAGUGACACAUAAUGAAUUAAAGACAUUAUCUGGAUUACCAUCCUCACUCAUUCAUUUAUACGCUUCACACAACAAGCUGUUGGAAGUCGACGUGUAUCAUUUGGACAAACUGCAGCACCUCGAUGUGUCCCAUAACCGUAUCAAUCACUUUGAAAGCUUGAAGGAACUGAAAUCAUUACGCGCACUCAACGCCAACCACAACUCUAUCACAUCUUGCAAAUCAUUCCAAGAUCUACCAGGUUUAGUGUCACUUUCGUUAAAAGCAAAUUGCAUUCGUCGACUUGUCAAUUUCGAAAAUACUCAUAGACACAAUCAGCUGGAGAGUUUGGAUGUUUCAUACAAUAGAAUCGAAUGUCUGGAUUCAAUAGAGUCGUUGGUUCAUUUGAGGGAGCUAAAUGCUGAUCACAACGAGUUGAAAUAUAUACAAUUGAAUCAACCCAUGGAGCGAUUGUGCAAAUUACAACUAAGUUUCAACAGAUUGAAGUCAUUUGACAUAUCACCCUUUCCUGAUAUCCGUGUCUUGUAUCUGGACGAUAAUCAGAUCCAACGCAUUAUCGGUGUAGCAUGUGUGUCAAGACUGGAUUCAUUUUCGUUGAGAGAUCAAGGCGGCCAUAAAACAGAAUUCAACCUGCAAUAUCUGCGUGGCACAAGAAAGCUCUAUCUAUCAGGAAGCCCUUGUCCAAACCUGAAUCGCAUGGUUGAUUUCUACUCAUUGGAAUACCUGGAAAUCUGCGCCGCAGAAUUAGAAGUAUUGCCGCCAGAGUUCGGAAAACAGGUGCCCAACCUUUCCACACUGUAUCUCAGCAUGAACAGACUCACAGAUAUACGACCGCUGCGAAAAUUGAAGUACCUAAAGCGAUUGGUCUUGAUUGACAACAGAUUGAUCAGCAUCAAUGAAGUGAUCAGCGUCGUGCAAAACCUCAGACAGCUCCAUUAUUUGGAUCUACGACAUAAUCCAAUCAGCUCCAAUAUAUACCCUCCCCUCGACGCAAACUUGAUUCAGCAUAUCAGCGACCACGAUAAAAUAUCACCCUAUGUUUUAACAGCUCUUGAUGAUCAAUGGGCUAUAAAUGACGCUGAAUUUUUGGAGACUCUAUCAGACCAUUGGAAGACACGGCGACAGGUCUACCGAGCCUUAUUUAUGCAGAAUUGUCCUAAAUUGAUAGAACUAGAUCACAUUGAAAUCGAUCCCAAUGAUCGUUCAGAGGGCGAUCUAGUUAUUGUGAACUUUAAGAGAUCUCAAGCUUCCAAUAGUAGCCAUCAUGGCUCACAACAUAGCCAAUGUUGA